AGCGGCUGUAGGCCCAGGUGAGCCCUCGCUGAAAUGAGCCAACCCCAGGCUUCCCUUCGAAAUGGCCAAGUGCUUCAGACACAGACGGGUUCGUUAGCUGGUCCGUGAGUGAGUGCUCGCUACCCGCCCCUGGACACGGAGUUUCGGAGUUUCCGCUAGCAGACCGGGUCCAGCCAAAGCUGCUGCUGUGUACCACCAGGGCUGGGGACGGAGGGGGGUGGGUGCUGAUGUGAGCCCUAGAGGUGGGCCACUGCCCUUUCCAGGUCUGUUCCAAGAAGCAUUAGGACUCCAUAGGGAACAGGUGAGACCAACACCUUGCGCAGCUGUUAUCUCACCCAGACCCUGCCUGGGGAAAGGUGAGUGAAUUCAGUGGGGGACAGAGCUUCAGGAAUCAGGAUCGGCAGCUGAGUUGGAGUUGCCCCGCCUGCUCCCAUGUCCGCGGAUGAACAUCUGGACCCGAUUCCUGACAGCUUCAUCCUGCAGCCGCCGGUCUUCCACCCGGUGGUUCCCUAUGUCACAACAAUUUUUGGUGGCCUGUAUACAGGCAAGAUGGUCAUGCUGCAGGGUGUGGUCCCUCUACGUGCACGAAGGUUUCAGGUGGACUUCCAGUGCGGGUGCUGCCUGCAUCCUCGGCCAGAUAUCGCCUUCCACUUCAGCCCUCGCUUCUACACUGUCAAACCCCAUGUCAUCUGCAACACCCUCCAAGGUGGACUCUGGCAAAAAGAGGUCCGGUGGCCCGGCGUCGCCCUGCAGAGAGGUGCUAGCUUCCUCAUCCUCUUUCUCUUUGAGAACGAAGAGGCGAAGGUGAGUGUAAAUGGACAACAUUUUCUUCACUACCGCUACCGGCUCCCACUGUCACGUGUGGACACCCUGGGCAUAUUUGGUGACAUUUUGGUGAAGGCUGUUGGAUUCCUGAAUACCAAUCCAUUUGUGGAGGGUAGCAGAGAGUAUCCAGUUGGAUAUCCCUUCCUGCUGUCUAGCUCCAGGCUGGAGGUGCCCUGCUCACGCACUCUUCCUCGGGGUCUCUGGCCCGGGCAAGUCAUUGUAGUUCGAGGAUUGGUCUUGCAAGAGCCAAAAGAUUUCACCCUGAGCCUGAGGGAUGGGGCCACCCAUGUUCCUGUGACACUCAGAGCUUCCUUCACAGACAGGACACUGGCCUGGGUCUCCUCCUGGGGACGAAAGAAGCUGAUCUCAGCCCCCUUCCUCUUUUAUCCCCAGCGAUUCUUUGAGGUACUGCUUCUGUGCCAGGAGGGAGGGCUGAAGCUGGCACUCAAUGGGCAGGGGCUGGGGGCCACCAGCCUGGACCAGAAAGCCCUGGAGCAGCUACGGGAGCUCAGGAUCAGUGGAAGUGUCCAUCUCUACUGUGUCCACUACUAAGGAGAGCUCCAAGGGCACCCCAAUCAGAGAAAAGGAAGGGCAGCUGCAGCCAGGGAUCCACAGUGCAGCCUCACCCUGCCGUCCUCACCAGACCAUUGACCUGUCAUCACUGUGCAGGCCUAGUUCACAUCACAAGCUUGAGUCUGCAAGAGCAUCAGGGCCCCAUGGCUAGGGAAGGCUUACAGCUCUGUGCCGCCUCUAUCAGGAGCUUGGUGGCUCUAUCUUCCUAGAGUAUACUCAAGGGGGACAAAUGUUAUAACCUCACAAAGACACACACACUUAUUGCAUUUUAAUCAAUUCUGAAAACAAGGGCCCAGGUCAGUGUGGUGUCUCUGCACCCCUCUUCAGCAUUCAAACUCUGUCUUGGCCCUCCUUCCGUCACUCCAUGGGGCCGUGUGGCUGAAACCCUAUCCAGGCCCAGCCACUGAGAAGGCAAAUAGAGGGUGAGAAGAUGAGCCCCAGGCCUAUGAUCAACACAUACCUUCUACACUCACAUUUCCAUCUAAACUUGAAUUUCAUCCACAGUUGCUCGACAGUUUGUGAAGCCUUUGCCCAAAGUGACAAACACCGCAGUUGCUUGCAUAGUUUUGGCCAAAGCAAAAUAGCCACUUCCCAGGAAAACACACUGAUAAUGGGACCACAUUUUAGGCACCCAACCGUGUAAACAACAGUAAUCUCUCCUAAGAUUAUAUUAUAGUCUAGGUGGGUCAGAGGCAAUACCAUCUAUGUUUGUAUAAUAUACCCUGUGAUGUUCACACGGUGGCAAGAUGGUCGAAUAAUGAAUUUCUCAGAAUUUCUCCCUGUCAUAAAAUGAUACAUGACUGUAUUUAGCAGAGCACAUAGACCAGGGAAAAAAAGGAAGACUGUAGAGGGUUUGAUUUGGUCUAUUCCUGGAAGUCUGGGUUCACCUCAGAAUGGACUUUAGACUCUAUCUCUUGGAAAUGUUUCUGUAAUCCCAUCUGCAUGCCCACAGCUGUGUCAAGUCACUGGGUGGAGGAUGCUGAUGAAGGAUUCGCCAUUUUAUAACUAUAAGCAGAGAGCCAUUUUCUUCCCUAAUCCAUGUACCAAGAUUGAUCAUACAUCUAUCAUGAAAAAAAAAAACUCAAUAAAUACCAGGGGAGAGGAGCUUUUCCUGCAAAUGUGCCUUUAUCAUAAUCCAGGGAAACUAGAGGCCAGAGAAAAAGAUGGCUGGAAGAUAACUCUUAGACACCAAGGCCCUGGAUUCUGGGAAGAAUCUGGGUCAAAGAAGAGAUGGCAGGUUGGUAGGUUGAGGUAGAGAGUGUGCAGCUUUCAUGGCAAAAACAAAGGGAGGGCAACAUGCCACUUAGCCAGGAGCAAAUCCUGUGGCUGCUUACAUACCUUGAUGGCUUUCUUACAGCUUUAAAGUAAACCCUAAAACUCUGUAGAGAAAUUCUUUAUUCUCCAUACAACUUUUCCUCAACUUUCCUCAGCCCUUUAUUAUAUACCACAGUAUUUUUUAAAAUAAACUUAUUAAGGCUUGAAGAGAUGGCUCAGCAAUUAAAAGCACUGGCUGCUCCUCCAGAGGACCCGGGUACAAUUCUUAGCAUCCACAUGGCAACUCACACCUAUCAGUAACUCCAGUUCCAGAAGAUCUGAUGCCCUCUUCUGGCCUCCACAGAUACUGCAUAAAUGUGGCACACAGACAUACACAGGCAAAACACCCAUAUAGAAAAGAAAAAUUAGCCAGGUGGUGGUGCAUGCCUUUAAUCCCAGCACUAGGGAGGCAGAGCAGGCAGAUCUCUGAGUUCAAGGCCAGCCUGGUCUACAGAGCAAGUGCCAGACAGCCAGGGCUACACAGAGAAACCCUGUCUCAACCUACCAAAAAAAAUUUUUUUAAAUAAACUGGUCAGUUCCCACACAUAUAUAAUUCAUUAUUUGCAUUAGCACCUCAGCAGCACUUAUUAAUAUAAUCAUAUUUACUUAUUUAAUCUACUAAUGAA